UGAGCUGGCGAUGGCAUCCGCCGAGAAUACUCACACAACCAAUGGCAAUUGCCCAGAAACUCUCAGCACCACCAAGUUAAACAGCUAAGUAAACAGCAAGUUUGCCAUUAAAACCAGCUUCCCUGAUUUCUGUUUCUGCUAUUUUCCCAACUUGCCGAUUCCACAGAGCUCUCCCGAAACCCGAUACUUUCUCCGGCGGUUUCUCUCCGAUAAGGUAUACCAAAACUCCCACCUUCUUCUUGAAAAACCUUAAGAUGUUCUGUUCUAGUCAAAUUCCUUCAGUUUGAUUAAUUCAGCUUGAUUUCUGAAUUUUUUAGUCGAUUUUCCGAUCUGGGUUAUCGAAAAAGUAUAGAUCUUGAUCUUUUCUGGUAGUUUUCUUCUGCUGGGUUUACUUUUUCUUUCUGCUGGGUAUACUCAAAUCCGAAGUGGGUAUGAUUAUGAACACUGCUGGGUUUGUAGCUGUGUUCGUCUUUGUAUUUCUUUCAAUCCAUGUUGUUUUGUCUGCUAAUUAUGUCCCAUCUGAUAAAAUCUUCCUAAACUGCGGCGGUCCUCCCGAAACCACCGAUUCCGAUGGCCUGAAAUGGACAUCGGAUGUGGGCUCUAAGUUUGCAUCCGGUGGAAAUUCCUCCACCACUUCCGCCGCCGCCACUCAGGACCCUGCAGUCCCUGACGUUCCCUUCAUGACUGCGAGGGUCUUCCGCUCCAAAUUCACCUACAAAUUCCCGGUUGCAUCCGGUCGAAAGUUCAUCCGCCUAUACUUUUACCCUGCAUCCUAUUCCGGCCUCAAUGCCUCCAAUGCUGUUUUUACUGUCACUGCUCAGUCCUAUACUAUUCUCAAGAACUUCAGUGUUGCUCAGACAACUGAGGCUCUCGAUUAUGUUUAUAUUACCAAGGAGUUUUCUGUCAAUGUCGAUGGCGAGACGUUGGAUGUUUCGUUUGCACCCUCUGCCGGGGUUGCGAAUGCGUUUGCAUUUGUGAAUGGGAUUGAGAUUGUGUCAAUGCCUGAUAUUUACAGUGCCACUGAUGGUACUACCAUGAUUGUGGGUCAAUCGGCUCCUUUCUACAUUGAUAAUACCACUGCACUUGAGAAUGUUUAUCGGUUAAAUGUGGGUGGGAAUGAUAUCUCACCGCCAGAUGAUACGGGUCUGUUCAGGUCCUGGUAUGAUGACACCCAGUACCUCUUAGGGGCAGCAUUUGGGGUUACCGAAACUGCUGAUCCAAACAUGACGAUUAGUUACCCUACGAGCAUGCCUACAUAUGUUGCACCACAAGAUGUCUAUUCCACUGCCAGAUCAAUGGGGCCAAAUGCACGAAUCAACCUCAAUUACAACUUGACUUGGAUUUUCUCAAUCGACUCUGGAUUCUCGUACCUGGUUAGGCUACAUUUCUGUGAGGUUGCCCAAAAUAUAACGAAGGUUAAUCAACGAGUAUUCGAUAUCUUUCUCAACAAUCAAACUGCUCAGUCUGGAGCUGAUGUUGUUGCCUGGGCCGGAGGCAAUGGAAUUCCGGUGUACAAGGAUUACGUGGUGUUUGUUCCGAAUGGGAGUCCGCAGGUGGAUCUAUGGCUUGAACUGCAUCCAGACACUAGUGAUAAGCCAAAUUACUAUGAUUCGAUCCUAAACGGAGUUGAGAUAUUCAAGAUUAAUGAUACAACCGGUAACCUUGGAGGGCUUAAUCCUGUUCCUCUUCCCAAGCAGGAUAACAUUGAUCCAGCCAAGGCUAGACUAUCAUCAGGUCAUGGCAAGCUGAAGAGUGAUCGAAGAGCAAUUAUCUCUGGGGGAGUUAGUGGUGGAAUUGCCGUAGCCCUCGUCCUUGGUUUCUUGGUUGUUUGUGUGUCACACCGCCGUAGACAAGGGAAGGACGCAAGUUCAAAUGAUGGGCCAUCUGGCUGGCUUCCUCUUUCUUUAUAUGGAAACUCACACUCUGCAGGUUCUGCAAAGACAAACACAACAGGAAGUUAUGCUUCCUCACUUCCUUCAAAUCUUUGUCGACACUUCUCGUUUGCUGAGAUCAAAUCUGCCACCAACAACUUUGAUGAGGCUCUAAUCCUCGGGGUGGGAGGCUUUGGAAAGGUUUACAAGGGUGAAGUUGAUGGUGGAACAACCAAAGUAGCAAUCAAGCGUGGAAGUGCACUGUCUGACCAGGGUGUGCAUGAAUUCCAAACUGAGAUUGAAAUGCUCUCAAAGCUUCGCCAUCGUCAUCUCGUUUCUCUGAUUGGCUAUUGUGAGGAAAACUGUGAAAUGAUCCUUGUUUAUGAUUACAUGGCUUACGGAACCCUGCGUGAGCAUCUGUACAAAACUCAAAAGCCCCCUCUAUCCUGGAAGCAAAGGCUUGAGAUUUGUAUUGGGGCUGCUCGCGGUUUGCAUUAUCUUCACACUGGUGCCAAGCACACAAUCAUCCACCGAGAUGUGAAGACAACUAAUAUUCUCUUAGACGAGAAGUGGGUCGCAAAGGUUUCGGAUUUUGGGCUGUCAAAAACAGGUCCUACAUUGGACAACACGCACGUCAGCACCGUCGUGAAAGGUAGCUUUGGGUAUUUGGAUCCAGAGUACUUCAGGCGGCAACAACUGACGGAAAAAUCUGAUGUCUACUCAUUUGGGGUUGUCCUUUUCGAGAUCUUAUGUGCUCGCCCGGCCUUGAACCCAACGCUUCCAAAGGAGCAAGUGAGCUUAGCAGAGUGGGCUGCCCAUUGUCACAAGAAAGGCAUUCUGGAGCACAUCCUCGACCCUCAUCUCAAGGGGAAGAUAACGCCAGAGUGCUUCAAGAAGUUCGCUGAGACAGCAAUGAAAUGCGUUUCAGACCAAAGCAUCGACAGGCCAUCAAUGGGAGAUGUUCUUUGGAACCUUGAGUUCGCUUUGCAGCUACAGGAGAGUGCAGAAGAGAGCGGCAAGGGUAUCGGUGGAGGAAUGGACAUCGAGGAAGAGGAGCCCCUCGUGGACUAUAAAGGGAAGAAGGACCCCGACGCAAUGCCCGGCUAUGAUGGUAAUGUAACAGACUCAAGGAGCACCGGAAUGAGCAUGAGCAUAGGCGGCCGGAGCCUAGCUAGCGUCGACUCUGAUGGUUUGACACCAAGUGCCGUGUUCUCGCAAAUCAUGCAGCCUAAAGGACGUUAGGAUUGAAGGCACAGUUCAUCCCUCGAAUCAAUUCAGGCAAUGAAGUUUGCUGUUUGUUUUUUUUUUUUUUUUUUUUUUUUUUUUUCGUUUAAGUUACCGUUAUUCUCCAAAUAUUAUUUGAACCUUCUUAUGAUUUGAUCACGUUUAAUUGUAAUUUUGUAUCUAUAAUAUUACACCAAGAGCUUGAGAAUAUGUUUUAUUACUUCACUAUACUUGCUAUAGCAUUGCCGAUUUCGCUUU